CCAUCUCUUCUCGUCUCUCUGUCUCUCUGUGUGUGGCCACUCGAAGCCGCUCUCUCUUUUUCUACCGCAGAAAGCGAUACUUUCUGGAAAUUCCAACUGAUUUUUUUUUUCCUCUCUCUCUCUCUCGAUUGCUUCAAACCCAACUGUUUCAGGUACUAUUGUUUUGCUGGGACAUUUUUCUAGAAGGUUUUCCAUAAGCUGAUGAUUAUGUACUAUCAAGAUCCUGAGAUACUUCGCUGGGGUCUCGACAUUCUUAAUGUCGAACCAUUUUCUGAUUCUUCUUACUGUGGCUCGAAUACUCAAAAUGAUCCCCUCGUUUAUGGUGUGGGCUAUACAGGAGAAGGUAAUUUUGGUGCAGACAGUAUUUUUGUAGAGAAUGAUGAGAUUAUAGCACAUUCUCUUCAGGAAGAAUUCUCGCAAGUUGCUGUUGCAGAAGCUACCAGUCCUUCAAACGAAGGUGAAGAACAUACUCAAGAAUCUGUUCUUACACAGGACUGGUUCAUUCCAACAAUGAGAGAUUUCUAUUCAGUGAAUGAGGAUAUUCAGGAAGUAGUAGAUGAUGUGGAGUCUUUAAGUUCGUGUUCAACUCCAGGUGAAGUAUUAUAUGACUGGGAGGAGUUAGAGCCUUAUGAUGACUCUUUUACACUGGAUGGUGAAGUCGGCAACAAAUUUAAUCAGAUGGUCCCUGUUCCUCAUGUUCCAAGAAUUAAUGGAGAAAUUCCUUCCUUUGAUGAAGCCACAUCAGAUCAUCAGAGGCUUCUUGACAGAUUGCAGUUGUACAACCUGGUCGAGCGUAAGGUUCAAGGAGAUGGUAAUUGUCAGUUUCGAGCUCUAUCUGAUCAAUUUUACCGCACUCCUGAACACCACAAGUUUGUACGACAGCAAGUCAUCACUCAGCUUAAAUCCCAUCCAGAAAACUAUGAGGCAUAUGUCCCGAUGGCUUACACCGACUAUUUGAAAAAGCUAUCUACGAGUGGAGAAUGGGGUGACCAUGUUACACUACAGGCUGCUGCUGACUCUUAUGGUGUCAAAAUGUUUGUCAUUACAUCUUUCAAGGAUACUUGUUACAUUGAGAUUCUGCCUAGUGAUCAGAGGUCCAAGCGAGUUAUUUUCUUGAGCUUUUGGGCUGAGGUGCACUACAACUCAAUAUACCCUGAAGGAGAUAUGCCAACCUCAGAAUCUAAGAAGAAAAGCUGGUGGCGUUUUGGAAACAAAAAUUAGAGUAGUUUAUCUAUCUCUAUACAUUCUGCAGUUGCUUGUGCAACUUUCUUUGGUUUCUGGGGGAGGAUUUAAUCAUAGCAGCAAUAAUCCUAUUUUCAGUGAUAAAAUGAGGGAAAACUGCCCUUUUCUUCAUUCAAAGUGCUGUUGUAAUUUAUAUGUUAAUACAGCAAAAACAAUGAUUCUGCGAAAUGAAAAUAAAUUCAUGUAGUGAAUCA